GGAAACCUCAGAGCCCCGCGGAGGAGACAGCAGCCGCCUUGUUCCACAGCCCCGGUGGCUCCCCUCCCAUCCCCCUGCUCUCCCAGGGUCCAGACACCACCGCCCCACCCCUCAAGCCCCACCUCUCUGGGGGAUCCUUUCCGCCCCAGCCCUGAAAGCGUUAACCCUGGAGUUUUCUGCACACCUCCCACCGCUCCCGCCCAAGCUUCCUAAAAAAGAAAGGUGCAAAGUUUGGUCCAGGAUAGAAAAAUGACUGAUCAAAGGCAGGCGAUACUUCCUGUUCCCGGGACACUAUAUAUAACGUGAUGAGCGCACGGGCUGCAGAGACGCACCGGAGCGCUCGCCCAGCCGCCGCCUCCAAGAGCCUGAGGUUUCCAGGGACCACAAUGAACAAGUUGCUGUGCUGCGCGCUCGUGUUUCUGGACAUCUCCAUUAAAUGGACCACCCAGGAAACAUUUCCUCCAAAGUACCUUCAUUAUGACGCAGAAACUUCUCAUCAGCUGUUGUGUGACAAAUGUCCUCCUGGCACCUACCUAAAACAACACUGUACAGCAAAGUGGAAGACCGUGUGUGCCCCUUGCCCUGACCACUACUACACAGACAGCUGGCACACUAGUGACGAAUGUCUAUACUGUAGCCCUGUAUGCAAGGAGCUGCAGUACAUCAAGCAAGAGUGCAAUCGCACCCACAACCGCGUGUGCGAAUGCAAGGAAGGAAGAUACCUUGAGGUAGAGUUCUGCUUGAAACAUAGGAGCUGCCCUCCUGGAUUUGGAGUCGUGCAAGCUGGAACCCCAGAGCGAAAUACAGUUUGCAGAAGAUGUCCAGAUGGGUUCUUCUCAAAUGAGACGUCAUCUAAAGCACCCUGUAGAAAACACACAAAUUGUAGUGUAUUUGGUCUCCUGCUAACUCAGAAAGGAAAUGCAACACACGACAAUGUAUGUUCCGGAAACAAUGAAUCAACUCAAAAAUGUGGAAUAGAUGUAACCCUGUGUGAGGAGGCAUUCUUCAGGUUUGCUGUUCCUACAAAGUUUACGCCUAAUUGGCUUAGUGUCUUGGUAGACAAUUUGCCUGGCACCAAAGUAAAUGCAGAGAGUGUAGAGAGGAUAAAACGGCAACACAGCUCACAAGAACAGACUUUCCAGCUGCUGAAGUUAUGGAAACAUCAAAACAAAGACCAAGAUAUGGUCAAGAAGAUCAUCCAAGAUAUUGACCUCUGUGAAAACAGCGUGCUGCGGCACAUUGGGCAUGCUAACCUCACCUUCGAGCAGCUUCGUAGCUUAAUGGAAAGCUUACCGGGAAAGAAAGUCGGAGCAGAAGACAUUGAAAAAACAACAAAGGCAUGCAAAUCCAGUGAGCAGAUCCUGAAGCUGCUCAGCUUGUGGAGAAUAAAAAAUGGUGACCAAGACACCUUGAAGGGCCUAAUGCACGCGCUAAAGCACUCGAAGACAUACCACUUUCCCAAAACUGUCACUCAGAGUCUAAAGAAGACCAUCAGGUUCCUUCAUAGCUUCACAAUGUAUAAAUUGUAUCAGAAGUUAUUUUUAGAAAUGAUAGGGAACCAGGUCCAAUCAGUAAAAAUAAGCUGCUUAUAACUGGAAAUGGCCAUUGGGCUGUUUCUUUGCAAUUGGCCAGAUCUCAUGGAUGAGUAAACUGUUUCUCAGGCACUUGAGGGGUUCAGUGAUUUCUUUCUCAUCACCAAUGACUGAUUUUGCCACAGAACAUUAAAAGAAACUAGGAUGUGGAGAAAGAACUACUAUCUCCCCAAAUAAACCCCAAAUGGUUAAUCAAACUAUCAGAUCUGGUCCAUUAUCUACUGACUAUAUUUUCCCUUACUACUGCUUGCAGUAAUUCAGAUGGAAA